UCGGAGACCAUUUGAAAAUACCAGUUAGUUUCAGAUUUUGGAGAUCCUAGGUUUCAUCAAACUAGCUGAGUUUGAUGACAUUUCCCUCUGCCAGAUUUAGGGGCAGGCCCUGGAUAUUUUUAAUCACCUUUACAUGGAGCAUAAAGAUGAUGAUGAUGAUGAUGAUGAUGUGACUUUUGCCAAAUGGAUGAGCAGCUUCUGGGGUCACAGCUGGAUGAAGGAGGAAGAGAGAGGACUCCGGGAUCGCCACAGAUCACAAGAUACCAGUUACAGGAAAGCUUCCCUGCCCUGCCCAUUUCCUGUGCUUCCCAGAGCCUCAUCAUCUGACAGCCAUCCCAGAAGGCAUUCUCACGAGGACCAGGGGUUUCGCUGUCAUACCCACGUGAGGGAUUACAGGAAAAGUUCAGGGGACGGGUCACUCAGGGUGCCAUUGGAAUCGAAAGGGAGAUCCCAUUCCAAAAUGCAGGCAUUUUCAGAGUCCUUCGAACAGCAACUGUGCUUCAGAACCAAACGCUCUGUCUCUUUGGGCCCUGAAAACAGAAAGGAGAAAAAUGAAAGAGAAUGCCUGCGGUUGGAGAUAAGAUCCAGCAAGAAAGCGGAGGAAAGAAGGAGCUCUAGGAAGGAAGAACACGGAGAAGCAUACACAGCUCCUCUCUUUGAAAAAGGACCCAAAUAGUGCUUCAUUCCCACACAGUGCCACUGUGUGUUCUGAGCGCAGCUUACCGUGGUUUGGGGUGGCAGCUGUGGAAGACUGUCUGCAGAUGCUCAGUGAUGGAGGUGGUGCGUCUGCUCCUCAAGAAGACUCGCAUCCCAGUCCAACUGCUUCUGGCAUCUGAGUAGAGAAUUUGAUCUGCUCUGUUGCUCUUUUAUGGGAAUAAGAAGAAUAAAACAUAUUUUAAUACAUUAAAGUACUUGAAAAUGUAAAGAAAGAUAUUUAAAGAGCCACCCACACAUCUUUACCAACCCCUCUUCCACAUCAGAAUCGCAAAAAUCUUAAAUAACGUCAUUAAUGUGACUCUAAGCAUACAUCCUCAUUAGAAGUAAUUAUGUAAGUAUGCCUAAUGGCCGGCGUUUAAUGAGAAUGGUCAUUAACAUGCCAAGUAUUAAACCGAGGUCUUUAAUGCAUUACCUAAAACAGUCCUCACCACUCGAAGGCGGGGCCUAUUCUCUUCCCUUGCUGGCUGAGGAAACAAAUGUUUGGAAAAAUUCAGGGCCUCACAGCUGUGGGCAGCGUUAGGGCCAGAGCCCCGUCCAUUCCGGCCUGCUCCUAACCUGGGCGGGGCCUCGUUUUCCCUCAGCCGCGGGUCCUGACUGAGUGUGUGGGUGACGUGUGGGAAGGAGCAGUGUGGGGAAAGCAAGAUUGGAAGCAGGUUACCAUUUCGAUUGCAUGGGUGGAGACGAAUUCUCUGAGGUCUGCUUCAUGCUCUUGGUUAUAACUUUAUGAGUCCCUAUUCUUUUGCAUUUAUUU